AUGCAGAAGCGAAUUGCGGAAAAGCUCACAGCUUUGGAUGACCAAAUACCCGAUGGCCCUUUUGAGUGCAGCCCACCCGAGCCGGCCUGGAGGGACAUGCUCGUCGCCACUGUGAAGCAGCAUGUGGUGGUCAGCAAGCAACCGUCAUUAUUCAACCGCACGAAGGUCUACGAAUUGCAUCGGAGUGCAGUGGAGGAAUUUCUCCGUGCAUUUUACGUGUUAUGGUCAACAACAGUCAAGGCAGAGUUGUUAGGGAAUUUCAUACAACCGAUCAAGAAUAAUUUCGAGGAGGUUCAUACGGCGAUAGAUCCUCCUUAA